UGACAGCGGAUUGUUGUUUUUGUUAUGUUUUGAUUGAAAGCAGGAUUUGGAACGAUUAGAUUUUUAAAAGCAAAUGACUGUAACAAUGCUAUAGAGUUCAAUUAAUUGGACAAAAUUACCUUUUAGUCAUCGACCGAUAAGUUGCUCUCUAGCUAAAAAUGAAAAUCACCAGGUUACGUGACCAUGUUAAAUCCAGAAAGUCUUAUAAAGCAAUCAAAUGUGACUACCACAGUGAGACCUCCAUUCGUUGCCGACGACUCAAAGUAUCUAAUAGUGCCCCUAGUUGUUAUAGCUUUAGUAAUGAUUUUAACAUUACUUGUCUAUUGCAUGGCAAAGCGGCGUAGAAUGAACAGACUUCGUAGGGACGUUGCCAGGCUGUAUCACUUCGAACAAAGCGAUCUUGAGUGGGAAGCUUUGAACAGUUUCGAUCCUCCAAGUUAUAAUUCGGGUGAUUUCACUACUGCCUUCACCAAGAGGGAAAACUAUAUGCCUACAACAAAUUUAUAAUGGAAAUUAAUGCAACGACAUCGACAUGUUACUGUUUAGUUGAAAUUUGUUCAUUGUGAUAAAUUUAAAUGUUCUCAUUACCUUUAGGGCAAUAUUUAAAAAAUCUGAUGUGAACUGACUGGACGUGUAGAAAAUGUACAUUAUAUUUAAUAUAUUUAACUAAUUGUUAAAUUGUAUAAAAAGACCGUUUCUAACAUGAUUUUGGGGUUUUAAAAGCA